AUGUUGAAGUUGAACUUUGUCUUUCUCUUUAUCCUGGCUUUCAUAGCCUCAGCCUCAGCCGAAGUCACCAUUGAGGCCUCGAUCCUUAACCGCCUCCUCCAACUCGACCUUGGCUUGCAUGGAACCUCCAUCCUGCUGGACAGAUCCGACGAGGAUGAAGCGAACAUCACUCUAGCUGAAGUUGUUGUCUUCUACAAUACCAUAACAGCCCCGGGCCAAAGCUCCAUCCAGCCAUUUCCCAGUUCUUGUGAUGAAGCUGUCCAAUUCAGCAUCUGCCAGGCGUAUCACACGUUCGCUCUGACAAGCAUUAAACUGUACAACGACCUCGCCGACGAUGCUGAUGACUUCGACAAAGGCCUGAGAAAUAACAUUCGGGAUGGAUUCAAUCGCAUCUUUACAGAGAAUGCCGGCUUCGUCGACAAAAUUGCCCCUGUUGGCCUUCCUCUUUGCCUCGAAAGCAUCCAAUGGGAUUGCUGGGCGCUGAACAGGGCCUUUCUUAUGGCUUGGAAUGCGCUUGACCCGGCUGGAAAACAAUAG